GAUGUACUUCAUGAAGCAUGAGUGUCUGUUUUCAUUAUCUUGAGAAAUUUUUUUUAGAGAGAUUUCAUUAGGUUUAUAUUGAUUUGUUGAAAUAGUUGAUUGGAAUCAAAGUUUCAGUCAGUAGGAGGAAUAUGAUAAAUAGAACAUGAUAACUUUAGGAAUCCAAAUUGUUUGCCUUUAAAAAUAGGGAAAGGAAAAAAGGACAUCUGAGACGUCAAGAAAAUAAAGGUAGGACCUCCGUCUUAGCUGACAAAGUGAAUUUUUAAAGCUUUGGAUCAAAACUUAGCAGUUCUUAGCUAUGGGCCUGCCCAUAAUUUUAACCAAAAAUUUUCACUGAAAAUUGUGUGGGGAGGGGGGAAAAUCUUGCAAAGUUUCUUGUGUCUCUUGAAAAUGUGAAGAACUCCUUGCUUUAUCAAUAAGAUGCUGCUUUUCAUGGCUUAAAAUCUACAUCCAAGUAUGUGAAGUGUAGAAGCAGUUUGUUAUGUUGAAAAUGUCCCUGUGUGGUUUUUUUUUUUGGUUUCUUUUCCUUAAUUAUUUGUGCUUCAUGAAUUGUUCAUACAAGAAAGGGAGUGUUUGGUUGCUAUUUUGACCAUAUCAAAUUUAAUCUGUCUGACUUAGUCUUGGACCCUUCUUUGUGGUAAAUAGUUUUUUCUAGGUCUCCUCUAAAGGAAGACCUUAAAUCUUACACUGACCAGAGUACUUCCUCUUCCCUUUCAUUUAGUAACCCAAUGAGUGUUGUGAUCCUGAGCUGAAUUAUCUCACAGAUAAGAUGUAAAGCUGUGUCUGAGCCUGGUUCCUGGCACUACAGUAGAGCUGAGCAAAUCCCCAUCCUGCCAGAGUACAAAUAUUUAUUGGUCUUGUCAGCAUUCUUGAUUACAGACAGAACUGAACUGCAAGAAGAAACAGUCAAACCUUCAAACCUUGACACUCAUGCUUAGAAAAUGAUGUCUUGAACAUGGCACACAGGAGAAGCGGCUGACUUCAGUUGGAAAACAGUUGUUACAUUUUUGCAGCAGAGGGAAACUUUGUUAUUUUAUUUUUUGAUUUCCAUGUAAUAAAAGGUGAAAACUAUGUUUUCUUGACAAAGGAGGAAUCACAGAAAGCAGGAUUAUUACAGCAACUAAGCUGCUUCUCCAGGAGGUGCUUGUGCUUUCCUCUCAAGUCAGUCUCCUGUCAGCUUCACCAGUGGAUGUGCCAUCAUUGCAAUAACCUGCAUUAGCAUUUGCCUUUUGAAUCAUUUUUUAUUAGAGAGCAGUGACAGCUACAGUACCUACCUCAAAAGAGUGAUGGAAGAUGCGUAUACAAACUGGUAUCUUAAAAGCAUUCAAUAACCCAACUACUAAGACAGCAGAUGAAGAAACUAGAAGAAAAGUCAAAGAUUUCAACAGUAAAAGAGCCUUUCAUUGAUCUUUCACUUCCUAUAAUAGAGGAGAGGGUUGCAAAACCUGUGCCCUUGGGAAGAACAGGUAAAAGUAAAAGUGUACAGGAGGCAGAUCUUGGUCAGUAUAAUUGUUCUUCUAUCAGUACUCUGAAUAAUCAACCCAAAAUUGUCAAGAAACACACUUUAACAAAAGAUAAGAAUCAAUUGAACCAUGAGAGACGGCUUGCCAGAAAAGCUUCCUCAAAGGAAGAAGAAAGAAGUCCUGUUAUCAUGCAGGAAAAAGCCAAAAAGCUUGAGCUGGAAGGUAGCUCUGGCAUCCAGUACGCCAAAGACCCCUGUGCAGAGGCAGCUGUAAAUGGAAGCCAGACGGAGGGCAGUGAGAAGGAAGCCAGCCGCUCUGAAAGCAGCUUUGAUGCAGACAGUGAAGCCUCAGAAAGCGAAAGUGCUUCUAAGCAGACAGCUUUGAGCCCACCCAGCAGCGUGUCUGGUGUGCACGUCAACCACUUAAACCCCAAAACGCCGCACAAGCCAAGCGACAGCAAUGAAGAGAUGAUUUCCAGUUCCAUAUCCAAGCUUAGCUUCUGCGAUCCUGUAAACGAGGAUAAAAAGUCAAGUUAUGGAGAUCCAGCAUUGGGUUUAUCAAAUAAUUCCAUGUUCUCAGUAGGCAAAUCCUCACUCUCCCAAAACCCUCAAAAUGCUUUCCAGACACUUUCCCAAAGCUACAUAACUAGCUCAAAGGAAUGUUCUGUCCAGUCCUGCCUUUACCAGUUCACCUCUGUGGAGCUCUUAAUGGGGAACAACAAGCUUUUAUGUGAGAGCUGCACAGAAAGGAAACAGAAGUAUCAGAAGAAAACCAAUUCCACAGAAAAGAAAAUGGAAGGUGUCUACACAAAUGCUCGGAAACAGCUUUUGAUUUCUUCAGUUCCUGCUAUUCUUAUUCUCCACCUGAAAAGAUUCCACCAGGCUGGUUUGAGUCUACGGAAAGUAAACAGGCAUGUGGAUUUCCCAUUGAUUCUAGACUUAGCACCAUUUUGUGCUGCAUCUUGCAAGAAUGUUAUGGAUGGAGCAAGAGUGCUGUAUAGUCUUUAUGGAAUAGUGGAGCACAGUGGCUCAAUGAGAGGGGGUCAUUAUGCGGCAUAUGUGAAAGUCAGGACAUCCUCCAAGAAAUUGCUGGAGCAUAUUUCUACCACUAAAACUGUUCUGGGUUUGAAAGAAGCCAUGGGAGCAUCAGGAGGACAGUGGGUGUACGUUAGUGAUGCCCAUGUUCAGAUGGUUCCAGAAUCAAGAGUACUAAAUGCACAAGCAUAUCUACUUUUUUAUGAAAGAUUAUUACUAUAAUUCUUAACAGUUUAAUUUCAAAGAAGAUAGUGUUAUUUAGUUUAUCUUAUUUAAAGCUGCAGUGGUAAGAGUUCCUGUAAAUAUUGUGCCUUUAUCUUGUAGAGAAUUUAUCAUAUUUUGACUCUGAAGUUCAGUUAAACUAUUAUAAAUAUCUGAAUGAUUCUCUUAAAGUAUGCACUUUGCCAAACAUGUAAAAUUCCUGGGUUCAUGAAAAUGCAGUACCAUUAGAAUGUAAGAUGAUGUCCUAUCCUACUGAGGUCUAGGGAAAGUUUGUUUUUGAUUAUAAUAAAGAUAAGCUUUUGCCCAUAGUUCUAGAACAGUUGAGAAUAGAAAUACUGAUAGCGCUAAGUGCCUGGAUUUGCUGGUGUACAGUAACAAUACAAAGUGUUCAACUUCUUCUGAUUCAGUCCAGACCCUUCCUGUCACUGGGUUGGAUGUCAGCUGUUAAGAUUUCUGCAAACAAGAGCCUAUCAAAUAGUGUCGCUUCCAUGUGUACUAAUUGGAAAGCAGAGUCCUUCCAGAAUGGAGUGACAACAGCUGUCUCUGGGUAGUGCUUCAGUGCACUUUCCUGAUAAGAGCUGGGAAUAGAUAGGGAAAACAUGGCUUCUAAAUAGUGACAGUGAAUCCUCAGAUACCCAGUACCCUUUCAGUUGUCUCCAACUGGUAUAGCAAUGUACUCCUGUUUCCAUAUAAAUAUGUACUUGGUGUGCAUAAGUAUAUCUUCUGAGAUAUAUACACACACCAUAAAUCCAUCAAUAGAUAUUGUCAUUUUACCUUCUAGGAAAGAGAAUUGCAAAUAAUUUCUGUAUUUAGUAAUUUUUCAACGUCACAGUUAUGACAAUGUACAGCAUAUAAGCUUGUGUAUGUACAGAGUUUAUGUGUAAUUCAGUAAAUUCUGUUACUUUUGGUUCCAAACACGAACUUCUUUAUCUGUUCCUGAAUACUUUUCUCACAGGAGUAAUAAACUAUAAAUUAUUUUUGCA